UCUAUUUGCAGCAGUGCUGAGCAAAGAGCCACGGACCAGAACUCAGUGUCCGUGUGGCAUAUACUCGAACGAUUUGUGGUGGAAAAAAUUGCGGAAAACGAAAGGCAAGCUAACGAGCCCAACAGACAAAUACAUCUUUUUUUGCACAAAAAAGGAAAAAGAACAGAAAACUUUAAUAGAAAGAAUUUUCUGAAAAGUGAUUGAUUUUAUGAAAAAAGGAAAUGUCACAACAACAUGGAGAAAUACAUGCUAAGAUAAAAUAAAAUAAAGUUUCCAACUAAAAAAAAAUUGAUAGCAAAAAAUUAGAAAACAGAAAAAAUUGAUUAAAAGUAGAAAAAAAGCAAAAAAGAAGCAAAGGAAUUAAGAGCAGCAGCGAGCAAGCAAAUCCAUGAAAAAAAGCUAAAUCCAAAAAAAAGAAAGGAAAAAAAACCAAAGCAAUGAAAUUUCAACGAAAAGGGAAAAUUUGAUAAAAGCAAAAAAAAAAAGAGUGGCCGAACACCACUUGCCAUACUCCCAACACCAUCAAAAAUAACAACAACAACAACACAUCAACCACCUAAUGCCACCAAAGCAACACCCCCCAACCCGCUUAACAGAAACGGUGCCAUAGAAAACGAAAAGUAGUAGUCGUCGUCGUCGUCGUUAUAGCAGUCGUCGGCAAUAACAGCAACAACAACAGCAACUACAAUAAAAAGAAAAAUAAAAGAAAAACUUGCUGCUGCUGCUCAAGUGUUUGUGGAAGAAUUAAAACAAAAACAACAACUACAACAAUAACAAUAAUAUAAUCAUCAUAAUCAACAACAUAGUCAUAAUUAUCCACAAAGUCAACGCCGCCAUAUUCGACGUCUUCACAGUCAACGUCAACAACAUCGUUGUCAACAAUAACGGGAACGAGAAGGAAUAUGUAGAUCCAGAAAAAAAACUUUUGUGUGUCAUCAAAAAAAUGUCAGCAAUAACAAAAAGCAAUAUACCAGUGAGAAAAAGAGGGUCUUAAGAGCAGCACCACACAGAGUCCAAAACAACAACGAGAGGCUGGUAGAAGGUUACAACAAGAAAAAAGGGCAGCUUUAGCAAUUGAACUGCAAAAAGAGUGCCAGUUACUAAGCCACCGCCAAAAUAAUCUCUCCAACAACAACAACAAUAAAAGCUGAAAGUUACUAAACCUCAUUUUGAGUUCUGGCUCAUGGUGUUGUUGAACUACAACUAUUGAGAGUUACAUUAACUCUCUGCCUUUUUUGCCAAAAGCAAAACAAAAUAAACACCGCAACGGCUAACGUGAGCACCGCCAUACCAGGCUCUAGCUGAGCAACUCGCAUUUGGUCCCAUCUCCAUCGCAGAAAGCCAACCCACCCACCCAUUCACAUUGGGGUCUUUGGUUUAGUUUUGCAUUGAAACAUUCCGCCACAUAGCAUGGCCUCGGUCGCCGCUUGGCUGCCAUUUGCACGGGCGGCGGCCAUUGGUUGGGUGCCCAUAGCCACCAAUCCUUUGCCUCCAGCUCCCAUACCCAAAGAUCGCCGCAAAACCGAUGAUGAGAAGCUGCUGAUCAAUGUUUCCGGUCGUCGUUUUGAGACUUGGCGCAAUACCCUAGAAAAAUAUCCCGACACCUUGUUGGGCUCCAACGAACGUGAAUUCUUCUACGAUGAGGACUGUAAAGAGUAUUUCUUUGAUCGAGAUCCUGACAUAUUUCGCCACAUCUUGAACUACUAUCGUACCGGGAAAUUGCAUUAUCCCAAACAUGAAUGUCUCACCAGCUACGAUGAGGAAUUGGCCUUCUUCGGCAUCAUGCCCGAUGUCAUUGGCGACUGUUGCUACGAAGACUAUCGCGAUCGCAAGCGUGAGAAUGCUGAACGUCUUAUGGAUGACAAACUGUCGGAGAAUGGUGAUCAGAACCUGCCGCAGCUGACAGACAUACGCCAGAAAAUGUGGCGAGCCUUCGAGAAUCCACACACAUCAACUGCAGCCCUAGUGUUCUACUAUGUGACCGGCUUCUUUAUUGCCGUCUCCGUCAUGGCCAAUGUGGUGGAAACGGUGCCUUGUGGUCAUCGUCCCGGCCGAGCUGGUACACUGCCCUGUGGCGAACGCUACAAAAUUGUUUUCUUCUGCUUGGACACAGCCUGCGUCAUGAUCUUCACCGCCGAAUAUCUGCUGCGUCUGUUUGCCGCUCCCGAUCGUUGCAAAUUCGUGCGCAGUGUCAUGAGUAUCAUUGAUGUGGUGGCCAUUAUGCCCUACUACAUAGGCCUGGGCAUUACGGACAACGAUGAUGUGAGCGGUGCAUUUGUAACGUUGCGCGUCUUCCGCGUAUUUCGUAUUUUUAAGUUCUCACGUCACUCGCAAGGUCUGCGAAUUUUGGGCUACACCCUCAAAUCUUGCGCUUCCGAAUUGGGUUUCCUGGUAUUCUCAUUGGCCAUGGCCAUUAUUAUAUUCGCCACGGUUAUGUUCUAUGCUGAGAAGAAUGUGCAUGGUACAAAUUUCACCUCAAUUCCGGCGGCAUUUUGGUAUACCAUUGUCACAAUGACAACAUUGGGUUAUGGUGACAUGGUACCGGAAACAAUAGCUGGCAAAAUUGUGGGAGGUGUCUGCUCGCUCAGUGGUGUACUUGUGAUCGCCUUACCCGUACCUGUUAUUGUAUCUAACUUUAGUAGAAUUUAUCAUCAAAAUCAACGAGCUGAUAAACGAAAAGCGCAAAGGAAAGCCCGUUUGGCGCGCAUACGCAUUGCCAAAGCUUCAUCAGGCGCUGCAUUUGUUAACAAAAAGAAGGCUGCCGAAGCCCGUUGGGCUGCCCAAGAGUCUGGCAUUGAACUGGAUGACAAUUAUCGCGAUGAGGAUAUCUUUGAGCUGCAGCAUCAUCAUCUACUGAGAUGUUUAGAGAAGACAACGGCUAUAGACCCAAAUGACAUACUACUGGCUAAGGCAAGUGAUCGUGAAUUUGUGGAAUUGGAAAUACCCUUCAAUGGAGGCCAGCCCAAGCGUCCCAGAUCCCCCUCUCCCAUGGCCAGUCCGGCUCAUUCCACCAACAGUGCCAUGGGUCUGGUGCAAUCAUGUUGUGGACGUUGCUGUUCCCAACGUUAUCAGGCCUGUGGAAAAUAUAUGCCCGCCACCGGUAACGCUCAAAGUAACCAAAACAAUCAACCCAUGGAUGGCACCUAUCUGGUGGAGGCCUCAUUCUAGACCUGAUUUCUUAAAAUCCAAACAACCAACUACUUUAACUAGUUAUGUAGUCUUUAAAAACCCAUCUCUUAAGAUUUUUAUUUAUUUUCAUAUGGUUUAUGGUUUAGACCAUAAAUCCCUCUUAACAACAACAAAAAGUUUCAACUAGGGGAGCUUAAAAAUAUGAAAAAAAACACACACACAAAUUGAGAAACAAAAAACCCAAUACUCAAAUGAAAACCAAAAUGUUAUCAAUAAAUAGUUCAAUAAUAAUUUUAAAACAAAACAAUAACAAAAAAUAAAUUAUUAAAAAAAUAAAUUUCUUAGAGAUUAACACAAGAAAAUGAUAACUUAGAGGAACUGAAAACAAAACAGUUGAGAAAAAAGAAUUAAUCUCCCAACAACAAAGAAAAACUUUAAAUUCAAACACAAUUUCGGUGUUAACUCGCAAUUAAGAAAGUUGACUUUCUCAUUAUAAGUUUUUUUUUUAAUUACUUUUAGUUCAAACUGUUAAAUAGUGUCAUAGUCUAAAAACAAAAUAACUAUCAAGGAAAAGAAAAAUAGUUUUAAAAUAAAAAAAAAAAAAUUUAGAAAAAAUUUUCAAAAUUAAAAAAAACUCCUAAUUUUCCCUUAUUAUGAAAAAAGAAAACAAAAUUUUGAUUAAGUAGCAAAUAUAUGAAAUAAAAAAAAAAUAAUUUUAUUUAAUUUUUGUAAUACUCCUAAUAAAACUAUCAUAGAUUUUAGCCAACUCCCCCUUAACAUAGAAAAAACAAAACAAAAUUGGUUUAAGAUUUUUUUUCUUUUCCAAAACCAAAAAAAAAAAAAAUAAACCAAAUCAACCUUAAAAUCAAAAAUUGGUCAUAAGUUUCUAGAAGAAAAAAAUUAAAAAAAAAAAAAAAAUUCAACCAUUCCAUAAGCCCCCACUCAAUUCUGUUUCAAGAUAAACCCACUAUUAAUUUUCAAAAAAAAAAAAACACACCCUCUCAAUUAGUAACACAGAACUAUAAAAACAAGAAUUAAAAGAAAGAAGAAUGCUGCCAAAAACAAGAAUUCAUAAAAAAAAACAAUUGUUAAACUAUCAUGAAAAAGAAACUCCCACAAUAAAGAAAAACUAAUAUUCAUUCAUUGAAAAUUUUUUGCUAAUGAAUGAAAAUCUCCCCCCUUUAAUUAACUAAACAAAGAAUUCAUUAUAACUAAACAAACAAACCAGAAGAAUAAGAAAAAAAAAAAAUAAAAAAAGAACAAAAAAUACAUGCAAAAACCUCAAAACACAAAAUGAGAACAUAAUUUAACUUCCAUGCUCUAAGCUGUUCUUUGAAUUUUUUUGUGUGUGUCUGUGUCUAUAAACUAAAAACUAAAAAAAAAGAAAUUAAGAACAAAUUGAAAAAAAAAACACAAAAACAUUUAAACGAAAAGAAAUAACAGAAACCCUCAGCAACAAGAAGAAAAAAGAGAAUUAAGUAAAA